ACAAUCCCUCUUUGCCUGUACAAGAUUUUUGCUGCGUGAAAAGGAGGAAACAAAGCCUGAGGUUCUCUGAGGAAGAAGAAAUUUCUAUCUCUGAGCAGUUGCUUUCUGCAUGCCCCGAAUCGGCUGUUGCAAGGCACCGAGCUGCAGCAUUUGAUGAAAUUGUUUUACAGAUGCCAGACAAAGAGAAUACAAUUAACGGCCUAUUAGAAAAACAUCAUGCAGAAAUCUUCAACUUUCCAAUCGUUGUUUCUUGCAUGACACAUGAGGAAAUAACCGAGAAGGAAACUGAUUUUUACAGAAAUAAUGUCAUGAUAACAAAGGAGGCUGCCAUACAGUUGGAGAAAGAGACAAGAGGGCAAGGCCAUGGCAAACAACGUGACAUGUGGUUGCAAGCCCGUAAGAUAAGAAUAACAGGCUCCAAUUCUUAUGGGCUAUAUACUUAUGGUUCCCGGAAAAAUUCUAACUGGAAACAAAAAAUUCACAAUACAGUCAAUAACAGUUUUAUGGGCAACGCUAGUACCAAAUAUGGGUCCAAAGCUGAAAGAAUCUGCAAGGAAUUCCUAAAAGAAACACAACAAGUGAUAGACUGUGGUCUUCUUGUCCAUCCUUCGGAGCCAUGGAUGGGCUGCAGUCCUGAUGGACUUAUCUUAUACAAUGGAGAAGUCUGCCUCUUAGAAAUCAAAUGUCCAGUUCUAGGAAAAAGUGAAACAGCUCUUCGUGUAAUUCCAACUGUUGAUUACGUUAAUGUUGUUGAUAAUGAGUAUAAACUCAAAAAAAGACAUACUUAUUAUGGUCAAGUCCAGCUUGGUCUAUUUUUAACAUCGACCAAAUCAUGCCUUUUUGUGAUUUUUUGCACAUAUGACAAGUCAUAUAUUUCUGUCAAAGUGGAUUAUGAUGCUGAUUUCUUAGAAAAAUAUUUAAAGAAAUUGAAAAAUGUAUAUUUCAAUCAGUUUUUACCAUUUUUUAAUGUGUAGUUUGCAGAUUAGAAUAUAAGAGUGUAAAUAUGUAAAUAUAUAAGAGUGUAAAUAAUGUAAAUACAUCCCUUGGGGGAGCCUGUAACCCCUAGAGGGCGCGUCCCCGGGUAGCGGAUAGGGGAAUGCCUUCAUUGGUUCUCCAAUGGGUGGUACAAGGGAAAUAAAAUACUUUCCGCGGACCAACAGGUAGAAGUGCAAUCUCUCCAAAGCAAUGACAGACACUUUUGUAUCUAUAAUGGUAAAGUUGUGCACAUUGCCAAGGCAGUCAUCUUACAUACAGCAAAGUUAAACUGUCAAAAAUCUGGCUAAAGCAGACAAAUUAACGUCAUUUUCAUAUUGGUUAAAUGGAUGGUGACUUAAAUGCAAGUACCAACUUUAAUUUUUACGGAAAAUUUUAGCUAGGCUAAUGUAUUGGCAUACAGCGAGCGAGCAAAGCGAGCUUGGAUCACGAGGCGAGCGAUACCGAGCAGGGGGCGGUAUCCCCCUAGUUUCCUUAUAAAUGUAUUAUGUAUCUUUUAUCAUAAGUAUUCUUGUUCAUAAGAAUAAUAAAUAUUAAUGUAUCUCAUUAUUCUUAUAUUUUUGCUCCCCUUUACCUUACUAAUAAAACUUCCCAUGUACACAGAAAUGCAUAGUCAACAUUCAAAACUGAUUUCGUUAUAAAAAGGUAAGGUAUGUUCCAGAAUUUCAAAUGUUUGUUACAGUUGAAAGUUAAUUGUAAAUUACUUUCUAUGGGAAAGAAAGUUUUCAAUGUAUUUUUUAAAUUGGUAAAUCAGACCUUUUUACAUUUUGCUUCCUUUUCAGAAAUUUUUUCUUUGUUGAUGUUUUGGAUAUUGUCUUUUUCUAUCCAAAUUCUAUAUUGGACAUAGUAUUUUUGGAUAUAGUCUGUAGCUCACUUUUGCAAUGAAUUAUUAGAUUUCUUUUUCAUUCUCUAAACGCUCUCAUCCCUGGCCAUUUAUUGUAAAUAAAAGCUUACAUUUUGAUGAAUGUGUAUGUUUUAUUGUAUCGAAAACAAACAGCAAUUGAAGAAAAAGUUACUGUACAAAGUAAUAAACAAUAGGUUAUAAAAGUAUAAACACAAACCAAAAAUUUAAACUUGCAAUGGACAGGGGUCAUAGCAAGUGAGAGAAAAUGAAUAAGAGUUUAAAAGGGAAAAUAGAGCAGUGUGGUAGAGAAAUAUAAGAUCUAAUACGUUUGCAGCACAUGUACAAAAAAAAGAAAAGGGGGAAACCGCUAUUAUCAAUACAAUUUUACAAUGCAUUCAGUCACAGCAAUGAUAAGAGUAACAUAUAUUCUUGAGAGCCAAUGUAUCCUUGUAACCACAGGAAUUAGUUAAAGUGAAACAGUUGAACAAGAAAAUAAACCCUCUGAGCACAUUUGGAAAAUCACCAGAAUCCUACUACAUUGGCCCCUGCUUAUAUGAAUUCCACAUACAAUUUAAGAGAACUUCAUUCAAUUUUUAGUCAAACGAGACAUUAUUAGAAAACACCGUUCUUUAUCAAAAUAUCUACUUUCUGAUUAUCUAAAGCGUUUUAUUGUAAAACAAAAAAUUUUUAAAAAAAAUCAAAUUUUAACUAAUGUGUUUUCAAAAAUGCAUCUCUUAUUGAUUGCUAAAAAGAUAAUUAAAGACGCUCCGUUUUCAAUGUCAAAAGCAGAGUAUUUGAACUCCAUGUAAGAUUAUAUGCAACAAAAUUAAAAGUUUUUACAACAUUUACAGCAGAACACUUAAAGUUAACACAUGAUACUAUUAAAAUUUCACAAAGUAAAUUCAUUAAAAGAAAAAGUUAAUUGAUAAAAAAAAGCAUGUUAAACGUUGCAAGUAAAAUCAUCUAUAUUUUGUAUAU